GGCAGUCCUACCAGAUAAAGAAAAAAACCAUGGAUGACAAGAAUGGCAAUACACAAAAUGAGCAGCUGCUCUUCCAUGGGACAGAUGCUGACUCCUUGCCACAUGUCAAUCAACAUGGCUUUAACCGCAGUUAUGCAGGAAAGAAUGCUGUGGCAUAUGGAAAGGGAUCCUACUUUGCUGUCCAUGCCAAUUAUUCUGCCCAUGAUACUUACUCCAGACCAGAUGAAAAUGGGAAAAAGCAUAUGUAUUAUGUACGUGUGCUCACUGGAUUGUACGCACCUGGAAAUCAUUCAUUACUUGUACCUCCUCCAAAGAAUCCUGAAAAUCCUCUUGACCUGUAUGAUACUGUCACAGAUAAUGUGAGCACUCCAAGUUUAUUUGUGGUAUUUUAUGACUACCAGGCUUACCCAGAAUACCUCAUUACUUUUAAAAAAUAACAUUUUGGUAUCCUUCACAGAAGGCAUUAAUUACCUACACAAGCGAUUUUCAACCUUUUCAA